AUGAUGAGCGUGUUGUUCCAGUUCUUUGACCCAUUGCAUCAUUGUUUUACCUUCCCGGAUUAUCUGCUAGUCCCUACUUUGGAGGAGUUUUCUGAUUUACUAGGCAUAUCUAUCCUCGAGCAGACACCCUUCACAGGUUUGGAGGAGGUUCCUAGACCUGAGGACAUUUCUUCAGCCUUACAUCUAAAAAGGGCUGAUAUAGUAUCCAACUGGGAGACACGUAGUGGGGUUAAAGGUUUCUUGGCUAAGUUUCUAAUGGAUCAAGCUCAACAGUUCUGGGAUAAUUUGGACUUUCAAGCUUUCGAAGACAUCCUGGCUCUCCUCAUCUACGGCUUGGUUCUCUUCCCAAAUCCAGAUUCUUUCAUAGAUGUGAAUGCAGUUGUUGUACCCCAAAAUUUUCCCUCCCAUAUUCCUUAA